UUGCAAGACACUUACAGUUUAUUGCAUUUGGCAACACCGUGGGGUUCUGUGGUAUUGUCGUAGUGGCACUCUGUGGUUUCUCAGUAGGACCACUUGUUGACGUGGUGGAAGAAGCUGGUGUCACAGUAGAGCCAAUUGUUGACGUAGUGGAAGAAGUUGAUGUCACAGGAGAAGCAGUUGUUGACGUACUGGAAGAAGUUGAUGUCACGGGAGAAGCAGUUGUUGACGUACUGGAAGAAGUUGAUGUCACGGGAGAAGCAGUUGUUGACGUACUGGAAGAAGUUGAUGUCACGGGAGAAGCAGUUGUUGACGUACUGGAAGAAGUUGAUGUCACGGGAGAAGCAGUUGUUGGCGUGCUGGAAGAUGUUGAUGUCACGGGAGAAGCAGUUGUUGACGUCCUGGAAGAAGUUGAUGUCACGGGAGAAGCAGUUGUUGGCGUACUGGAAGAAGUUGAUGUCACGGGAGAAGCAGUUGUUGACGUACUGGAAGAAGUUGAUGUCACGGGAGAAGCAGUUGUUGGCGUACUGGAAGAUGUUGAUGUCACGGGAGAAGCAGUUGUUGACGUACUGGAAGAAGUUGAUGUCACGGGAGAAGCAGUUGUUGACGUACUGGAAGAAGUUGAUGUCACGGGAGAACCACUUGUUGAUGUUGUGGAAGAAGCUGAUGUUGUUUCAUCUUUCGGAUCCAAUGCCAGUAUUUCAACUUUUCUCGUGAGGUCACAAAUUCCAGUGUUCAACCAUCCGACCUUAUUCAACAAUUUGCCAAAGCCAUCUACAGUCAUGAAGUAAGUGCUCUCGCCACUUGUGUCCUCAGUUGCGAUAGAUGAUAGAAGAGAUAUAUCUAUCUGCCCGCCCGUAAUGGCCAACACGAACAUGAAGAUGCCUUGUUCUGCAGCAGCCCGUGCCUCUGGUUGAGGGUCGCCGGUCUUUGGGUUGCCAUCUGUUACUAGAAUGGCU